GUGCGCUUGUGCAGUCUUGCCUAUCAGCUUGGCUUCUUGGGCUCUUUGAUCUAUUACUUGUCUCUCAAUUUACUUCUUGAUACCAACUUUAGGAAGGUCUUUGAGUUGGAGCAAUACCCAAGUAAUCGAAUCAAAUAUUCGCAACACUCAAGUCCUUCAAAAUGUCUUGGGAGGCUCCUGCCGGUGGCAAUGGUUGGGGCACUGGAGAGACUGCAGUAGUCAGUGGUGGAGGUGGGGGAGAGUGGAAUAACGCUCCUGCAACUGGUUCUUCUGAACAGUACGCAGCAAAUGAAUUCAAUGAUGGCGCCGCGAACGAUUAUGGCGGAUAUGGUGGUGGUGAGGAAAAUGGAGGCGGUGGUGGUGGUCGCAGUGGAGGCUGCUUCAACUGUGGUGAAGAAGGUCACUCCAAGGCUGAAUGCACCCAACCUCCAAAGGCUAGAUCUUGCUACAAUUGUGGCGAGGAGGGACAUACAAAGGCCGAAUGCACUAAUCCCGCAGUCGCUCGUGAGUUCACCGGUACUUGUCGCAUCUGUGAGCAAUCAGGCCAUCGUGCAUCUGGCUGCCCUUCUGCUCCACCCAAGCUUUGCAACAAUUGUAAAGAGGAAGGACAUUCAAUCCUUGAGUGCAAGAAUCCUCGCAAGAUCGAGCGCAACGAUGUCGAAGAUGUUGCUGCUGAAGUUGCUUGGGAAAAUCUGAUCAAGCAAUCUCAAGAAGGUGACUUCGAUGACAUGAAGUAUGAGGUCAUGAAAUACAUCAAGGCUUCUCCAGAUGCUACAUAUGUUCAAUUGGAGAAUGCGUUCCGUACUCAGAACAUUCCAAUCUAUCUCAUUGCCAUGGAGAAGGAACUCACCCAGACUUACACCAACAUGGACUUGCAGGGUAACCUUGAUCGCAAGUAUUCUGUUUCUUGGCGCAAGUCGAGCAAGCACAGCCGCCCCAAGGAGAAGGAGAGUUGGCCCGGCACCCCAGAGGAGAAUCUUGAGCGACUCGCCGAUGCUGGUGAGCCUGUUGAUCGUGGUGUUCCUCUAUGCUCGCGUUGCAACGAGCUUGGACACACAGUAAAGCACUGCACCGAAGAGCGAGUUGACGGUGAACGCGUUCAAGUUCAGUGCUUCAACUGUGGUGAAAUUGGCCACCGUGUUCGUGAUUGUCCAAUUCCUCGUGAGGAUAAGUUCGCUUGUCGCAACUGCAAGAAAUCUGGUCAUAGUUCCAAGGAGUGCCCAGAGCCACGCUCCGCCGAGGGUGUUGAAUGCAAGAAUUGCAAUGAGAUUGGUCAUUUCUCUCGUGACUGCCCAACAGGUGGUGGAGGUGAUGGAGGUCUCUGCAGAAAUUGCAACCAACCUGGUCAUCGAGCCAAGGAUUGCACAAAUGAGCGUGUCAUGAUCUGUCGCAACUGUGACGAAGAGGGACAUACCGGUAAGGAAUGCCCAAAGCCUCGUGACUAUUCUCGCGUUCAAUGUCAGAACUGCAAGCAGAUGGGCCACACCAAGGUUCGCUGCAAGGAGCCAAUUGCCGAGGAAGAUGCUGCUGGCGAUGCCAACGGCGACGAUGGCGGUGACUAUGGAGGUGGCGAUGCGGCUAACGAUGUCUAUUCUGCUCCUGCUGCUGGUGGCAAUGACGAUAACUGGGCUACCGGUGGUGGUCAGGAGGUUGUAGGCGACGGUGGUUGGUAAUUGACAAGUUGCUCGACUUCUCUCGGUAAAAGCUGCUUGCUUUUCUCACUUACUCUUCGGCGUGGUGGGAUGGGUUGCGGGUUUCAAACGAAGAAGUUUAAGAACACUUCGUUGUUGAACGCAGGCAAAUAGGCUGGGGCUACCUUAGUGUUGGUUCAGCUUUUCUUUUUUCUCCAUUAGUUGCGAUCAUUCAUGGAUACUUGUGCUCGUCUAGGCAAGGAUACCAUCAAAAAACGAUGAGAGCACAUGGUUAUUAUAAUAGGACA